CAGCGCCAUGUCUGAUUCUCCAGUAGUGGAAUAGAGAACGGGACACCUAAACCAUUUAAUUCCAGGGUCGGGGAUCCCGUUCGGUCUCGAGGAUGUCCGGGAGCGCAGGGAUUCAGCAGGGCUCCCCGGCCAUCGGUGCAGCGGGAUCGGCGCCUGCGGCUCCGGGAGCCGGGGGAACCGAGGGUUCGGGCGCCACGGUAGGAUCGGCACGAAUCGCGGUGAAGAAGGCGCAGCUCCGCUCCUCCCCGCGCCCGAAGAAACUGGAGAAGCUCGGAGUUUAUUCAUCUUGCAAGGCUGAGGGGGCCUGUAAGUGUAACAGCUGGAAGAGCCAGAACCCCCCUCCCACACCACCCCGUACAGACCAGCAGCCCAACACUGUCAACCUUCAGGACCCCUGCCGUAGCUGCUCUCAUACACUGGGUGAUCAUGUAACCCACCUGGAGAACGUUCCAGAGGAGGAGAUGAACAGGCUUCUGGGCAUUGCUCUGGACGUGGAGUACCUGAACACAUGUGUCCACAAAGAGGAGGAUGCUGACACCAAACAAGUCUACUUCUCCCUCUUCAAGCUGUUGAGGAAAUGCAUCCUACAGAUGGGCAAACCUGUGGUGGAGGCACAGGAGAGUCCUCCCUUUGAGAAACCUAGCAUUGAACAGGGGGUGAAUAACUUUGUCCAGUACAAGUUCAGCCAUCUUCCCUCCAAGGAGCGUCAGACCAUCGUGGAGCUGGCCAAGAUGUUCCUCAACCAGAUCAACUACUGGCAGCUGGAGACACCCUCACAGAGACGACAGCGGGCCCCUGCUGAUGAUGCCGCCGGGUACAAAGUCAACUACACCAGAUGGCUGUGCUACUGCAACGUCCCUCAGUUCUGUGACAGUCUACCGCGGUACGAGACGACCCAGAUCUUCGGUCGGACCCUGCUGCGCUCCGUCUUCACUGUAAUGAGGAAACAGCUGCUAGAGCAGGCCAGGCAGGAGAAGGAUAAGCUACCUCCGGAGAAACGCACUCUCAUCCUCACACACUUCCCCAAAUUCCUGUCCAUGUUGGAGGAGGAGGUGUACAGUUACAGCUCUCCCAUCUGGAGUGAAGACUUCCUGGCUGGAUCCUCAGGAGGACCGAUCCCCAUCCAUACAGUGAUCAGUGCGCCCCCGGUGGCCAGGCCUCUGUACUACAACACCAGCCCAGUAUCUGUGGACCCAUCCAGCUGUGGCAGUGUCAGUCCUGCCAGGAAGACCGCCUCUGUUCUGGAACCCAGCCCAGGUGGGCAGAAGCGGAAGCCAUCGGAGCCCCUCCCCCAUGAGGAGACUAAGAAGCUCAGGAUUGUCGGGGACAUCCCCAUGGAACUCAUCAACGAAGUCAUGGCAACCAUCACCGACCCCGCCUCCAUGCUGGGACCAGAGACCAGUCUCCUGUCGGCCCACUCAGCCCGUGAUGAGGCGGCACGCCUGGAGGAGAGGAGGGGGGUGAUAGAGUUCCACGUCAUCGGGAACUCCCUCAACCAGAAGCCCAACAAGAGGAUCCUCAUGUGGCUGGUGGGCCUCCAGAAUGUCUUCUCUCACCAGCUGCCUCGCAUGCCCAAAGAGUAUAUCACACGCCUCGUCUUUGACCCGAAGCACAAGACUCUGUCGCUGAUCAAAGAUGGCCGUGUGAUCGGAGGGAUUUGCUUCCGGAUGUUCCCCUCGCAGAGCUUCACAGAGAUCGUAUUCUGUGCUGUCACCUCCAACGAGCAGGUCAAGGGAUACGGCACUCACCUGAUGAACCAUCUGAAGGAGUACCACAUCAAGCACGACAUCCUCAACUUCCUCACCUACGCAGACGAGUAUGCCAUUGGCUACUUCAAAAAGCAGGGCUUCUCUAAAGACAUCAAGGUUCCCAAGGCCAAGUAUCUGGGCUACAUAAAAGACUAUGAGGGAGCGACGCUGAUGGGCUGUGAGCUCAACCCCAGCAUCCCUUACACUGAGUUCUCUGUCAUUAUCAAGAAGCAGAAAGAGAUCAUAAAGAAACUGAUAGAGAGGAAGCAAGGUCAGAUCAGAAAGGUCUACCCAGGACUUUCCUGUUUUAAGGAAGGAGUUAGACAGAUUCCCAUCGAGAGCAUUCCUGGAAUACGAGAAACUGGAUGGAAACCGGUGGGCAAAGGGAAAGAGCUGAAGGAUCCAGAUCAGCUGUACAGCACCCUGAAGACCAUCCUACAACACGUUAAGAGUCACCAGAAUGCCUGGCCGUUCAUGGAACCAGUGAAGAAGACUGAGGCUCCUGGCUACUACCAAGUCAUCCGCUUCCCUAUGGACCUGAAGACGAUGUCUGAGCGUCUGAAGAGCAGGUACUACACCACGCGGAAGCUCUUCAUGGCCGACAUGCAGCGCAUCUUCACCAACUGUCGCGAGUACAAUCCCCCAGAGAGCGAGUACUACAAGUGUGCCAACCUGCUAGAGAAGUUCUUCUACACCAAGAUCAAGGAGGCAGGUCUCAUUGAGAAGUGAAGAGAUGGAAGGGGCUUCAAGGGUGAGGGAGCAAUGGCUUAGGUCUAAUGAUUUCAAAAGGUUUUUGUUUUUAUUUACUUAUUCUUUAUUUUUCUACUGCGUUCAACCAGAAAGAGAUAGAUAGAUAUAUAUCCAGUAGGGAGGAUGAUUUUAGGUUAAUCUGUAUUCUAUCCCUUGCCCCACUCAGGAAAACAGAAGUCCUAGAUAGAAACUUCCAUCUGUUCAGCUAACCCAACCCUUCUUCUGUUCAGCUAACCCAACCCUCCAUCUGUUCAGCUAACCUAACCCUCCAUCUGUUCAGCUGACCUAACCCUCCAUCUGUUCAGCUAACCCAACCCUCCAUCUGUUCAGCUAAACCAACCCUCCAUCUGUUCAGCUAACCUAACCCUCCAUCUGUUCACCUAACCCAACUCUCCAUCUGUUCAGCUAACCCAACCCUCCAUCUGUUCAGCUAACCCAACCCUCCAUCUGUUCAGCUAACCCAACCCUCCAUCUGUUCAGCUAACCCAACCCUCCAUCUGUUCAGCUAACCCAACCCUCCAUCUGUUCAGCUAACCCAACCCUCCAUCUGUUCAGCUAACCCAACCCUCCUUCUGUUUAGCUAACCUAACCCUCCAUCUGUUCACCUAACCCAACCCUCCAUCUGUUCAGCUAACUUAACCCUCCAUCUGUUCAGCUAACUCAACCCUCCAUCUGUUCAGCUAACCUAACCCUCCAUCUGUUCAGCUAACCUAACCCUCCAUCUGUUCAGCUAACCCAACCCUCCAUCUGUUCAGCUAACCCAACCCCCCAUCUGUUCAGCUAACCCAACCCCCCAUCUGUUCAGCUAACCCAACCCUCCAUCUGUUCAGCUAACCCAACCCUCCAUCUGUUCAGCUAACCCAACCCUCCUUCUGUUUAGCUAACCUAACCCUCCAUUUGUUCAGCUAACCCAACCCUCCAUCUGUUCAGCUAACCCAACCCUCCAUCUGUUCAGCUAACCCAACCCUCCAUCUGUUCAGCUAACCCAACCCUCCAUCUGUUCAGCUAACCUAACCCUCCAUCUGUUCAGCUGACCCAACCCUCCAUCUGUUCAGCUGACCCAACCCUCCAUCUGUUCAGCUGACCCAACCCUCCAUCUGUUCAGCUAACCUAACCCUCCAUCUGUUCACCUAACCUAAACCUCCAUCUGUUCACCUAACCCAACCCUCCAUCUGUUCAGCUGACCUAACCCUCCAUCUGUUCAGCUAACCCAACCCUCCAUCUGUUCAGCUAACCCAACCCUCCAUCUGUUCAGCUAACCCAACCCUCCAUCUGUUUAGCUAACCUAACCCUCCAUCUGUUCACCUAACCCAACCCUCCAUCUGUUCAGCUAACUUAACCCUCCAUCUGUUCAGCUAACUCAACCCUCCAUCUGUUCAGCUAACCCAACCCUCCAUCUGUUCAGCUAACCCAACCCUCCUUCUGUUUAGCUAACCCAACCCUCCAUCUGUUCAGCUAACCCAACCCUCCAUCUGUUCAGCUAACCCAACCCUCCAUCUGUUCAGCUAACCCAACCCUCCAUCUGUUCAGCUAACCCAACCCUCCAUCUGUUCAGCUAACCCAACCCUCCAUCUGUUCAGCUAACCCAACCCUCCAUCUGUUCAGCUAACUUAACCCUCCAUCUGUUCAGCUAACUUAACCCUCCAUCUGUUCAGCUGACCCAACCCUCCAUCUGUUCAGCUGACCCAACCCUCCAUCUGUUCAGCUGACCCAACCCUCCAUCUGUUCAGCUGACCCAACCCUCCAUCUGUUCAGCUGACCCAACCCUCCAUCUGUUCAGCUGACCCAACCCUCCAUCUGUUCAGCUGACCCAACCCUCCAUCUGUUCACCUAACCUAAACCUCCAUCUGUUCACCUAACCCAACCCUCCAUCUGUUCAGCUGACCUAACCCUCCAUCUGUUCAGCUAACCCAACCCUCCAUCUGUUCAGCUAACCCAACCCUCCAUCUGUUCAGCUGACCCAACCCUCCAUCUGUUCAGCUGACCCAACCCUCCAUCUGUUCAGCUGACCCAACCUUCCAUCUGUUCAGCUGACCUAACCUUCCAUCUGUUCAGCUAACCCAACCCUCCAUCUGUUCAGCUGACCUAACCCUCCAUCUGUUCAGCUAACCCAACCCUGUUCAGCUAACCCAACUCUCCAUCUGUUCAGCUGACCUAACCCUCCAUCUGUUCAGCUAAUCCAACCCUCCAUCUGUUCAGCUAACCCAACCCUCCUUCUGUUCAGCUGACCUAACCUUCCUUCUGUUCAGCUAACCCAACCCUCCUUCUGUUCAGCUAACCCAACCCUCCAUCUGUUCAGCUAACCCAACCCUCCAUCUGUUCAGCUAAACCAACCCUCCUUCUGUUCAGCUAAACCAACCCUCCUUCUGUUCAGCUAACCCAACCCUCCAUCUGUUCAGCUAAACCAACCCUCCUUCUGUUCAGCUAACCUAACCCUCCAUCUGUUCAGCUGACCUAACUGUACAUCUGUUCGGAGUCAUACUACAUGUAAGACGUCACAUCUGUGAAGAACUGGACUGUCUGAGAGAUAUGGGGAGGGAUAGUCAGUCAGUUACUCAGCCAUUCAGUCUCUGUCUCCAUAUGGUGUUACUGGGUUGUAAUGGUGUAGGGUGAAAAUACCCCUAGAUGCCGAUAUUGGGUCAGUUUUGCACUUUCCCCACUAAUGGAAAAGGUUAGGAUUAGGGGAGGGGAAGCUGAUCCUAUAUCUGUACCUAGGGGAAACCUCUCCCUGGAACCAUAGUAAUCUGACUUGUCUUAUUUGUAUGUGCGUGUUACGCGUGACUUCAGAUGAGGUCUGUCCCAGAAUUUAUGAGGGCAAAAUUUGUAUGUAUGUUACUAGAGUUCAUCCUGCCAAAAAAGGAAAAUUAUAUUUUAAAUCUGUAUGUAUGAAUUUUAACAAUUGUAAACCUCUUGAAUUACUUGCUGUAUAUUUUUCCUGGUUUGUUUUUAAACUUAAAGGAGGGGAAGCCCUUCAUGCUGGUCCAUGUAAAAAGUCCCAUAGGGCAAAAGGUGACCAUGGAAAUGCACUUAUUUAUUUUUUCAAGCAACUAUUCAGCAUCACAUGGUGAAAAGGAGCUUUUUUGUUUUCCAUCAAGAUGUUCUGUUUUUUGAGAAAAGCACUAUGAACUAAUGGCUAAUUUUAACUAUGAAGAGUUUCUCCUUAUUUAUGUGCUGUAAUUUUUAAGGAAUAAUGCUUAAGAAAAUAAUUUAUUCUGUCUUAUUAUUUCUGUCUAGACGAUUGAUAUCUUUGUACUUUGAAGAUAAAAUAAAAAGAUUGUGCAAUACUAUGUAGUUUUGCUGUUUUGUAUAAAAGAUGUUUGUACUUUUUCAAACUUUAGGAGAAACCUGGAUUUUGUAAUAUGUCAAAGUUAUUACAUAGCCUUUGUAAUAUUGGUUUGAAUGACAGACUAUUUUAUAGACUGAUUAAAAUAGAA